UCUCCCAGCGACAUGUUUUUUACCCUUCUCUCUAAGUUCUUUCUCUCCACACAACGGACAACAGUCUCUCUCUCAUUCGUCUGCAGCCUGUAGUAACCCUCCUAGCUAGAUGUCGUUCUUCCAUCUCUUCAACCGAAAGAUGGAACCUGCAGCAAGUAGAUGAACCAGCCGGUUCAGCCUUCAGACCAGAGGGAGAGAGAAUCCAGUGCUUGUUGGCAUCGGUGUGCUGUAUAUGUGUAUAAGUGUGUGUGUCUGCCGAGAGAAGAGAGGACUGCCUUCCAGUGUGUGUGUGUGUCGAAGUGACAGUGUUUCUUUGCUUGAGCGGGAGAGUGAGUGUGCGAGUUUCUUGCUCUGAAUAGUAGGAGAACGGCAGCUCACUAGUGUGUGUUCAUGUGAAUGGAUGCAUGAGCGUGCGAAGGAGAGUGUGUUUUUCCACAGUGUGUGUGUGUGUCCUCCUCUCUGAGGAGUAGUCAGAGGGCAACUCUCUCCCCCUGGCGGGUGUGUGUGUAGAUGGCAGUGUGUGUGUGUUCUGCCCUGUCCUCCCUUCUCCUGCUCCUGAGCUGUGGUGUAGCGGGAGGAUACCCCUUCAGAGCCCCCAUGGACCUGGAUGUCACCCCCAGGAUAACUGUGACUACCAGCGGUCUGUUGGGCUGCAGGCGUUUCCAGUCCUCAGUAGUGAACUACAGUACUCUGCUACUAGAGGAGGACAUGGGUCUUCUCUACGUGGGGGCCCGAGGGGCCGUGUUCGCUCUCAACGCCACAGACAUCUCAGACAGCACAGCUCGCACUAUUGAAUGGGAAGCCUCGGAGGAGCAGAAGCAGCAGUGUCUGAGCAAAGGGAAAGACGAUAAGACAGAGUGUUAUAACCACAUCAGGUUUCUCCAGAGAUUUAAUUCCACUCAUCUCUACAUGUGUGGGACUCACGCCUUCCAACCUCUUUGUGCGUACAUAGAUGAGGAGAGUUUUAAAGUGUCGUCUGAGUUUGAGGAGGGUAGAGAGAAGUGUCCGUAUGGACCUGCAACAGGCUACACUGGCCUCAUCGUGGACCAGCAGAUGUACACGGCGUCUCAGUAUGAGUUCCAGUGCUCUCCGGACAUCCGACGUAACGACCCCUAUCCCAUGGUGAGGACAGAGGAGGCACCCACUCGCUGGUUUCAUGAGGCUGACUUUGUGGGCAGUGCCCUGGUCAGGGAGAGUGAGGGCAGUACUACCGGAGAUGACGAUAAAAUCUACUACUUCUUUACCGAGAAGAGCCAGGAGCAGACAUCAUACUACAGCCACAUUAGAGUAGCACGGGUUGGACGAGUCUGUAAGGGAGAUAGAGGAGGUCUGUUGACCCUCCAGAAGAGGUGGACAUCAUUCCUAAAGGCCACACUGGUGUGUUCGCUGCCGGAAUACAACUUACACUUCAACGUGUUGAGGAGUAUUUACACGCUGCCGGGACACACACCUCACGACACACUCUUCUACGGUGUCUUCAGUCCCGAGUGGAAGAACGUGAAGAUAUCAGCAGUGUGCCGGUUCUCUCUGUCUGAGGUCCAACGGGUCUUUGACGGGCCCUACAUGGAGAAUCAGGACUCUGGAGCCGAGGGGAGCGAGUACACUGGAAAGGUCCCUGACCCACGACCUGGAUCAUGUAUUACAGACCAGUUGAGAUCCAGAGGUAUAAACUCCUCCACCUCCCUGCCAGACGACAUGUUGAACUUUGUGAGGAGACACCCUCUGAUGUCCCAGCAGGUCAUGUCUACAGAGCAGCGCCCCCUGUUGUUCAGGAGGACAACAGACUACACCCAGCUGGUGGCUCACAGGGUGGAGGGGCUGGACGGGCAGAACUACCAUUUACUCUUCAUGGGCACAGACGAUGGCUGGCUGCACAGAGCUGUAGAGGUCAAGGGCCAUCUACACAUUAUAGAGGAGCUACAGCUGUUUGACCAACCACAGCGUGUGGAUAGCCUGGUUAUUUCACAUACACAGAUGAGUGUGUAUGUAGGUUCUCCCUCUGGUGUAGUCCAGCUACCCCUCUCGACCUGCAAUAGGUACAAUUCCUGUUAUGACUGUAUCUUCUCCCGGGACCCUUACUGUGGCUGGGAUGGACAGGACUGUUUGGAUAUCACAGCACAGACUGACAGGUCUAACCUGACCCAGGACGUCCUGUAUGGGAACAGAGGAUGUGACAACGAGCCGGUCCAGCACCGGAGCCGGUCUGUAAUGGUGGUAGAUGACGUGCUGCUCCAGUGUGAAAUUAGCUCCAAUCUGGCAACCCCAGUGUGGACUCUGGACGGGUCAGAGCUGCAGGGCUAUGGCCUGGAAUCUGGCUUCAGGGUGGGCACUGACGGCCUCCUGGUCAUCGAGUCCCAACCGGAGCAGAGCGGCGAGUACACCUGCCACGCCCUCGAGAACGGCGUCCGAGUUGCUGUGGUUAAGUACUCUGUGACGGUACGUCUAGAUAUGCCACACCCCCUUCCCCCACCCAUCGACCAAUCCCAAGACUAUCCCUACUACCCUCCUCCUCCACCCCUCACCCAGCUCUUCCACCCCUCGCCCCCCCUCCUCUGAGAGGCCCCUGCCACCCUCUGCCCCGGCCCCUCUCCCCCCACCUCAGAGCUGCCACCUUCUGCCCCAGC